GGCGCUCCGGUCACGCCCCACAGUCGGUCACGUGAGGCGCCAAGAUGGCGGCGUCGAAGCCACACACUUGGUCUGAAUUCGGGGUUGCUGGUGUGGUGCGAAUGGAAGCUAGAGAAGCGCCCCAGGACAUGAAGAUGGCAAUUUAUCCACAUGGUCGGCUGAUUCCUUCUCUAGGGGAUGUAAAAUUCAGAUCAAUGAUCACCGAAAUCAUUGAAAAACAGCUUGAAUAUUAUAGAAAAAAGACCAUAAAUAUAUAUGGAACUUUAUUCUUUGGAACUACUAGUGCUAUGUCUGGACUACUGGCAAACAUCAUUUUCAGAAGCAGUUUCAAGGUUCGGCAUGAAGCUUUGAAGACCUGUGUAUCCUUGACUGCCCUUCCAUUUUUGUCUACUGUUGUUGCUUAUAAGCUCUUUGUAACUGAUGCUUUGCUUUCAGGUAACAUAAGCAAAGAAAACUGUGUUCUGAGAAGUAUACUGGUUGGAGUAUCAUGUGGUGUUUUAUAUCCCAGUGCUCUGGCUUUUCAUAAAAAUGGUCAUUUGGCGGUUAAGUAUCAUUCUGUUCCAAUGCCACCAAAAGGAAGAGUUAUACUCCAUUGGUUAAUCCUUUGUCAAACUGGGAUGAAAGCAAUGGCUAUUCCUCUAGUAUUUCAGGCAGCGUUUGGAAUAAUUCAUGGCUCUUACCACUAUGCUUUAUGUAAAAAGCUGCUUGCAAAAACUGUGCCUGAAAAUUAACCGAAGACUCAGUGGAGGCCAACUGGGCAGAAUGGACUUUUUUGUAAGGACUCAGGCACUGGGCAAAGAGUGAGAAGUAACUCUGUUCCUUUUGCCUAGUAUAAGUCAGGUACUCAGUAAAUAUAAAUAUAAAACAAGUGCACAUUUCAUCCUUCUUUCUUUGCUAUGUAUAGAAAUGGGUUUGAUGGGAUUGGAGAGAUGACUCAGAGGUUAAGAACACUGGUACUGCUCCAGAGGUCCUGAAUUCAAUUCCCAGCAACCACAUGGUGGCUCACAACCAUCUGUAAUGAGAUUCUGGCACAUACAGGCAGAACCCUGUAUAUAUAAUAAACAAACA